UUUCGUAUCCUGCAAUUGACCGACCUCCAUUUGGGUGAAAAUGCUUGGGAAGAAUGGGGACCGGAACAGGAUCGAAAGACCUACCAAGCGCUGUCACGCAUUUUCAUACACGAACACCCAAACACAAUCGAUCUUGUGGUUCUUUCCGGCGAUCAACUCACGGCCAACAACGUGGACGCCAAUGCCACGGCAUACUACCAAAAACUGGCUUUCUUUUUCGAACAACGCAGUAUCCCCUUUGCUGUCAUCUUUGGGAACCACGACGAUGCCCCUUUGGAGCGUCGACAUGCAGACGGUACCGUCACCAUAAUUCCAUCCAUGACAAGUCGUCAGCAAUUGCUGCAAUCCUUGCAGUCGUUUUCGUGUUCUUUGACCCAGUCAGGUCCCUCUAGUGUGCCGGGCGUUUCCAACUACGUGCUGAACGUCUUCCGAGACUCGAGCGCUGCCACAGAAGGUAAGGAGCUUUCUCCUACACUACGUUUGGUAUUCAUGGACACCGGCGGCGGUACUCUUAAUCAGACGCUGACGAAAGCCCAUCAACACUGGUUCCGAAAUCAAGUCGACUUGUUUGUUAACGUUCCACACGUCAUCUUUCAGCAUAUACCUACGGCGGAGUUUCAAUUUUUCUCUCCGGGGUUUGAGGUUCCUUCCUCCCACGCCACCGACUCUGCGGUUGCAUGUCGUGGCCUUCACGAGGAUGGUAUAGCUCCCGUCACUACCGACUUCGGAUGGCUCCCAUACCUGUAUGGUUCGCGUUUGCCAGUCUCUUUGGUGGCAGUUGGUCACAACCACGGCAACGAUUAUUGCUGCCCCUACCCCGCCAAAUCCUCUCGCGAUGGGCUUCACCUAUGUUUCGGACGACAUUCCGGCUACGGGGGCUAUGGUUCCUGGGAACGCGGCGCUCGUGUAUACGAGUUUUCGCUGCCCGUCAAUGCAACCAGCAGCUACAAUCACACGUUCCCGGAUAUUCUGUCAUCGUUGCGUUGGAAGACCUGGGUCCGUCUGGAAUCAGGAAGCAUGGUAAAUGAG